CAAGUCGAAUCUUACAUACAGUGAGUCAAUUUUAUUCCCCAAAACUGAAUUAAAAAUGAAAAAUUAUACUUAGACGCGGUUUGGAUGGUAGGGUCCAUUCUGCAGAAACACCUAUUUGCCACUCUUAUCCCACCUAUUUACCAACUUCUCCUGGAAGUAGAGACCAAAACUUGUCGUCCAAGGAGUGACGUUUUUUGAAGGUUUUGAAUGGAUAAUCUCUAGUCCGAUUCACUUUCACUUUCUGCACUUACAAAUUCUCACUUCCCUCCUCUCCGUUUCCCCAACACAUAACAUUCUCUUCUUCGAAAUGUCUCUUCUCUCUUCAUAGCUCUUAGCUAAUGCUCUGCGACUUUGCUGCUGUUGCUUCUGCCACUCAUCUUCCUCUGUUUCGUAUUUUAUCCCAAGAUAACAAUCCUUCCUUCUCUCAAAUCAAUCAAAGCCUUUGCAGUUCCAUUUUGGGAAGAGGAAUGAAACACAACUUAUCAUCUGAUAUGACGAUAGCUCCAGUGGUUGGAUAUAGAUUCCAUCCAACAGAUUAUGAGCUGGUUAAUCAUUUUUUGAAACGAAAGAUAUUUGGUUGCGAUGACAACGACUCAACAAUCACGGAGAUUAAAGUUUGUGACUUCGAGCCGUGGGAUCUACCUGAUAUGGUGGACACAGGUUCGGAGGAUCAAGUGUGGUAUUUCUUUUGUCCCCGUGAUUAUAAGUAUUCACGAAGCCGGCGUUCAAAUCGAACAACCAGGGCAGGGUUUUGGAAACCCACUGGCAAGCCGCGUAAAGUAAAAGAUAAACGCAGUAAGGAAGAGAUUGGUACAAAAAGGAGUUUAGUAUUCCAUGUAAAAGAUCAUCCUAAACCUAAAAGGACCAAAUGGAUCAUGCACGAGUAUGAAUUUAUUGUUUCAAAUUCCACCAUGGCUAUCCAGGGGAAUUUCCUUCUCUGUAAAUUGAAGGCAAAGCCAGAUGAGAAGAUCAACAACGGCGAUUGUGAUCUUGAAAUUCAAAACCUCAAUGAGACGAAGACUAAUUCAUCUUGUGAUGAAUGUGAACCGAGCAUCCAUGUUGGUUCUGAUUUUGGUAAUCUCAACGAGUCGACUACUAUGUCAACCUAUGACAAAGUUGAGCAGAAUGAGCUUAUAGCUUUUGAUUUUGAAACUGGAUAUGUGACCACCGAUUCAGCUGGUGAUGAAGGUGAAUCACAUUACUAUUUGGGUUUUGAUCAAGAAGAUCAAAAUCCAAAUGAGAUGGCUGCUAUGUCAACCUACGUGAAUGGCAAACUAAUAUGUCCAAUCACUUGGGAUAUAUCAGCCUGCAAAGAAGGUGAACGGAGCAUCCCUUCUGAUAUACUAAUUUCCUCGACUGCCGCUGAUGUAGACAAUAAUGCAGCGGAGGCUACACAAUCAGAGGCGGAUCUACAAGCUUAUUUUAAUAUGCUGGAAGAAGAAGUGCUUGAGCUAAAAAAUGUAGAGAAUUUUACCUCGGCAUUCUUCUCCCCCAUGAGCCCCGAUGGUAGCAGCAGUAAGAGCACUUACAGUGGCUUUGGCAGCUCUGAGCAAACUGGAGUAGCAUCAGAAAUAGGAUGUCCUUGCCCAUGAGUUCCUAUUUGGUGGGAGCCGCAUUAGCUGUAUGCCACGUAAUGCUAUGAGUUCUGCUUCCAAACUUGUACUUGGUAAUAAGAUUUUAAUAUUUGACUGUUGUAUUAAAUCCGGCAACUCUUAUAUUGUGUCGUUAA